AUGAUGGUAUGGCUUCGGCCUGAGUACAUCCUGGCCUUUGUUACCAGUUUGUACUAUUGCUCUCAAUUAGUUGCAUCAAAAACAUAUGAUAGAUUUUGGUGUGCAACAGAAGAAGGUCAUCAUCAAAUAUCUUGUUCUGACGAACGUGCUUUAUUAACUGAUAUAUCAAUACGUAAAGUAUAUCGACGUACAGGAAUGUGUGAACCCGAUGAUCAUUCAGAAUAUCUUGUAAAUUGUCAAGCAUUUAUUGAUGGUUCGUCAUGUGAAGGAAAUAAAACAUGUUCGAUUGAAAUAUCUAGUCGAGAUUAUGUACAAUGUGGUGAUAAAUCCUAUGCACCAACAUAUUUUUUUGUUCAAUAUACUUGUAUACAAAUUCAUACAAUGUGUACAGAUACAAUGCCUAUUCGAAAUACAUUAUAUGGAUAUAUUCUCUCACCAGCAUAUCCACAUCCAAUGGGUGAUAAUUUAACAUGCUCAAUGACUAUCGAAGCUGAAUCUUCUAUGUAUAUUGAAUUAUCUCCAAUUCAAAUACGUUUACAAGAAACAAUUAAAUGUCGUAGUGAAUUUAUUGAAAUUCUUGGCUACGAUUCAUCAUUGGAUGAUAGUAAAAAUCUUAAUUGGAAAGGAUAUCAUACAUGGUGUGGUGCUGAUCGUUCAUUAAAUAAUCCAUUACCUAAUGCACGUUAUCUUAUUUCUUCAAAUUCCUUAUAUAUAUCUUUACGAACAAGUAUAUCAAAAAAACCAAGAUUUUUUAAAAUUCGAUAUAAAAUUGUCCCAGCUACAACACGUUCUCAAUAUAAUUCCGAUGGACUUGCUAUUGAUUCAAUAGGCAAAGGAUCUAUACCGUCAGUUAUAUCCGUACAAUCAUCAACAACUAUUAUACCAACAACAAUCAUAAUACCAUCGUUAAAUGAAAGUGAUAUAAGAUAUGGUAAUGGAACAAUAACAACAACAAAGCGAUUUUUUAGAAAAGAAGUUAUUAUUGGAAUUAUUGCUGGUGUAAUUGCUUUACUUUGUAUAGUAGCUGCUGGAAUUAUCAUUUUUAUUUUUAUUAAAAGACGACGAUCUUCAGCUGGUUCUAGCACUGGAAAGAAAAGUGCGUCUGCAGCGACUAGUAGUACUGCGUCGAAACCACCUGGUAAAUCAUCUGAUAAAGCUCCACUUCUUGAACAAAAAAAUAAUCCACCCGCAGCAGCAGCAAAACAAAAAUUAGUUCCUGAACGAACUGUACCAGCAGGUGAUACUAGCCGAUUUAAAGCUAAUGAUCCAACAGGUGCAAAGGCUGAAGCAAAAGCUGCAUUAACCGCAGCUGAUAGUGGUAUUUAUGGUGCUGAUACAUCUGAAGAACCUAAAGCUCCGUUAAAACCAGCAUCACUAGCAGUAUCAAAUCCAGCCAAACCUGCUACUACUACUACUGAUGUACCUGUAGUAUCAGAAACGAAAUCAACAACUGAAAUUAAUCCUGUAUCAGAACCGGUAGCAAUUGUUGAUAUUAAUCCAAUACCUGAACCCAUAGCAACAAUUGUUGAUGUUAAUCCAAUACCAGAACCUGUAGGAACAGUUGUUGUCAAUCCAUUAAGUGAAAAUACAACAAUAUCUGCUAUUGUUAUCCCUAAUAAUGUUGAAAUAAAUCCAUUAUUACCAAAUGACAUCGAAGAAAAACGAUAUUCUUUAGAUAAUACGAUUCAUAGUGCUUAUUCAAAUUUAAUUGAUGCAACAACAAGUGAAAAUGAAGGAACAACAUGUGGUAGUGGGUUACAAUCACGACGUACGUCACAUUUAAAACAACCGUUAGUUAAUCAAGAAUCGAAUAAUAUUGAAACAGUUGUUAUAUCUGAAUAUGCCGAUACAUCAUCACAUAAUACAGUACCAUUCAACCCAUUACAUGUGAUAUUAAAAAAAGAUGCCCAUAAAUAUUAUACUACAGAAUAUAUUUAA